UUGCAAAAAGUGCCGAAAUAACCGGAAUUCGUUCAGAGACCAUUUCUGUGCCGCAAGAAAUCAAAGCGUUUCAGCUGUGGAAGGAGAUAGAGACCCUACAUCCUGGAUUGGCUGAUGUUAGAAAUCAGGUGAUAUUUGCUGUUCGUCAAGAGUAUGUCGAGCUUGGAGAUCAGCAACUCCUGCUUCAGCCCGGAGACGAAAUUGCCAUUAUCCCCCCAAUUAGCGGAGGAUAGUACAUCGGAGCCAUCUAGGAAAGAGGUGGAUGAGGUUGAAGAGAAGCCUAAAGACAUAAUACAGUUCACUGACAAGCAGCUCUCAGUGGAUGAAGUCUCACAGUUGGUGAUCUCCCCGCUGUGUGGUGCGGUGUCACUCUUUGUGGGGACUACAAGAAAUAACUUUGAAGGCAAAAAAGUCACUAGUUUAGAAUAUGAAGCAUAUAUACCGAUGGCAGAAAAUGAAAUCAGGAAAAUUUGUAGUGACAUUAGGCAGAAAUGGCCAGUCCGACACAUAGCGGUGUUCCAUCGACUUGGUUUGGUUCCUGUGACAGAAGCCAGCACAGUUAUUGCUGUGUCCUCGGCUCACAGAGCCGCGUCCCUCGAAGCUGUGAGCUAUGCCAUCGACUCUUUAAAAGCCAAGGUGCCCAUAUGGAAAAAGGAAAUCUACGAAGAAUCAGCAUCAUCUUGGAAAAGAAACAAAGAAUGCUUCUGGGCAGCUGGUUCAGUGGGGAACUUAAGGUGCAUUCUGAGCUCAUAAAGAAUGAAAAUACCAGCAUAACUGGAUAAUUGAUCUCAUCCUAGAAUUAGCAACAUUCAUAAUGAGAAUAAAGACUACUUUUAAACACAGA